AUGGAAUGUUUGAGAAGAAGAAGCAGGGAAGAGAAUCGAGAGGUCUUCAUCUUCUGCCAAGAUGCCAAGAACCCAAUUACGCAAAAUUGGUCAGUUUCAUCUUUUUGUUUUAUUUCUGAGAAAUAUUCAUACAUGAAUGAGGAAAUAAAUUCUUCUUACCAUUUCAAUUUUCAAAAGAAUUAGAUGUAGAUAAUCAAUGAAAAUUUUAUUGUUUCAGGUUUUUUCUUUCCUGAGUGUGUAAGAAUUUUUGUAUGGGAUAAUGUCUAUCUAUCAUGUUCUCUUUUUUUUCUGUUUCAGUUCUUGCUACUUAUUACAUUAAUGAUUCAAUUUUAUGGUGAACUAAUAUGGUUUGGAUUCAUUAUUAUGAGUUCAAAACAAUUUCUUUUUAUUUGCUUUAUAAUGUCAAUCUUCACUUUUAUACUGUGUAUUUUGAUAAAUCUAUAUUCUGAAGAUGGCCUUAGAGAAGUAGAAGAUUUCGGAAGGACCGUUCCUUUUGAGUUGACUGUCUAUCCUGGAGAGGAUGUUGUCGCAAAGCUGUGGAAGGUUUGGGAAGCAAGUACUCACUCUAGCUAUGCAAUUGCAGCCUUCGGUCAUAUAUCAAAAGCCGCAAUUGGCAAACCAAACUCAGAUUUGUUUCGUAUAUAUGAAGGAGACUUUGAGAUUCUGUCUCUGUCUGGACAUUAUGUGAAUGAAGAGGAUGGUUCUGCAGAUUGGCGUUUGGGCAUCACACUGGCUGAUUCUGACAGUGAUAGAGAGGCUUUUGGUGGCAGCUCCAUCAAUACAUUGAUAGCUUCUGACAUUGUAUCUGUACGUAUUAUAAACUUUGAGAAAGAAGAAGAAAAGAGCGAUGAAACUGGAACUUCCUCUACAAUUGGUGGGGUGCUGAUGUCCCUGCUCCUUGCUCUUGAGAAGAAAAUAAUGGGAUUCUUUUCGGAUCCGAUGGUCAACGAGAGUGAUAAGGAAAACUAAUUUGAGAACAAUGUGACUAGUUUGAUUUCUAAAAGGAUUACCUUUUUCGUUUGAGGAUAGUUUGAUUGUAUGUUUCAGGUUUGGUUAAAUAAUAAUAAAGUAGACUAUAAAACAUUUCAGUACG